UGCAGCGGGAGGCCAGUAAGAGAAGUGGGAGCGGAGAGAUAUUAGCGAUCUUCAUCAAAGGAAGGAAAGAGCGGAGCAGGAAAGGAGGAAGAGAAAGGGCUGAAACAGAGGAAUGACCGUUCCACAGAGUUCAGUUUCACACAGAGCCAGUGGACAUGAAAACUACAUGAAUGAGACGUACAAAUAUAAUAGACUGAAAUAAUCAUCUCAGCCAGAGUGAAGGAUUCAUUGAGGAAAGGAAAUAUUAUAUAACAAGUAAAGGAAAUUUCUCUGCAGGAGGAAAGGUGGUGUUUGAGGGAACGGACAACCAACUUUAUUACUCUAAUCCAAAAACUACUUUCAUACCUGAAAGCAUGAUGAACGGCAAGAUGAGUAUUUCCCGUAAUGGUACCUUGGAGAAACCCGCGUCCCUGCAGACCGCCACGGACCGAGGGGAGCCCGAAACACCUCACCCGCGCCUCCAUCACACCGGCUCCAUCUCCUCGAGUACUCCGGCAAACGUGUCCAGCUCAUGUGUGGUGGUUCCUCCUCCGUACUCGAUAGCAAGCAGUGCGGUGAACGAGUCUCCCCUGGAGCUGAGGGGCGCUCUGGACUGUUGGGCCUGUUCUGUUCUGGUUACAGCACAGAAUCUGAUCAUCGCCGCGCUCAAUGUGGGUCUGGCUGCAUUGAUCUUCGGCCUCAUCCUCUUGCCUUCGCUCGUCAUGGUCGUGUUUGGCUUCCUCUGCCAUUCAACGGUUCAGCACCACGGUACUUCAGUCUACUGUUCAGAUCUCUUGGAUGAUGGAGGCUGUGUGGCUUUACUGGUGGUGGGGUUCCUGCUGCUGGCUCCGCUCCUGGUUCUGGCUCUGGCCGCUUACUGCAGGAUGGCACGCCACCUCCAGCUGGGCCUAUGCUUCAUCCCCUACAGCCGUGCUGUCUACAAGAACCUGCCUGCAUCACGCCAUGGAGGCCUGGGGGGCUGCUGUGGCAAGCAGGGGGCAGGAGAGAGCGAGGGAAAGGGUAGCGUGUGGGUUUGAGCAGUUUAAAAAACCUUACAAAAAACAACCUGGUGAAUAUAAUGUGAUUAGACAUUGCAAUAGGUCACAUACAGAGAACGAAAUAGUGCCAAUAUAUCAAUACAAGCAGUGCCAUGAUCUCAGCAGUUUUGUUAAACUGAAUUUUUACAAAUUGUGCAUUUAAUUCAAUGUCAGACUCUUUUUAGCUGUGCUUUUGCAGGGAUGUUUUUCAGUCAUUUUUAACUGGAUCAACCUAUAGACCUUAGUCAGGGUAACACCA